AUGAAAAUAACGAGGUAUAAAAAAGUGCAAAAAUAUCUUAAAUUCUACUAUAAUAACUACGGUUUCCAUCAACCGUAUCAAGUUUUACUCGAUGGCACAUUCUGCUUUGCAGCCUUCAAAGAACACAUCAAUGUAAGAGAUCAACUACCAAAAUAUCUGAACGGACAAGUUAAAUUGUUAACAACAAGGUGUAUUAUAAUAGAGACUGAAAAAAUAGCUAAAAAGACUCACGGUGCUCUGACUAUAUUAAAGCAAUUUGGUAUCCAUGAAUGUGGUCAUAAAGAACCAGUGACAGGAUCGCAGUGUAUUAAGUCUAUGAUUGGCAAUAAAAAUGAAAAACACUAUAUCCUUGCAACACAGGAUAGGGAUUUGCAGGAGAAAAUGAGAACUAAAGCUGGAGUUCCACUGCUGUAUUUACAUAACAAAUCACCAACACUCGAGAAACCCUCUAAAGCGAGCUAUAACAAAGCUGGUCAAGCACUUGAAUCCAAUUUCACAUUUAUUAGUGAAACUCAAAAUGAAGCCUUGAAAAAUAUGAAAAAAGCUCUAGGCGUAGAAGAGAAAGUAGAAGAACCGAAGUUGGUGUUGAAAAAGAAAAAACCGCACAAUCCAAAUCCUUUAUCCUGUAAAAAGAAGAAAAACAAACCGGGCAAUAAAAACAAUAAUAAUAAAAUAGAACACGGCGUAAAAGAAGGGAAAGUUAGGAAGCGGAAGAAAGUUCGCAAACCUAAAAUAGAUUUAAGUUAA